AUGUGGCAAACUGUUCUGCCAUGCGCUGGGGAAAAUAAUUGAACAUUUGUGACAUUUUGCUGCUCAUCCUCUGUUGUGCCUCCUUGAUGCCUUUCAUGUCAGCGAGAAUCAAUAACCUUCAGUGCCAUCUGUGCUUAGGUCUGGCUCCGAUACCAGAAUGGUACGAUCUAACUAAGAAAAUCCCUUGGUUAAGAGACAAAAACAGGGAAAUGGGACAAGAAACAAUGAAGAGAAGGUAGAACGGACUAAAUCCACUUUGGAAUCCAGUCACAAGUGGGGAAAUGGUUCAAGAGGUCUCCCCUGCCUCUCCACAAUGUGACUUCCAAACGAUGAUCUCUACAUUCCUGAGGGUUUCACUCUAUUUCAUAACCCCUGGAUAAAUCUGCCCUCCCAAAAACCUUACUUAGUGAGGACUUUUCUGACUUUUCUUCCUGCUCUGGCCAUAGGUCAACAGUGGGGUCAUAUCACAUUCUUUCCUGUCUUAGUUACUGUUGGAAAUGGAGAAAAAACCUCGUCACAAAAGACGAACGGGAGAACGGUGGAAACCACCUCAAGAUUCAUUCAACUCUAAUCCCCGUUAUAUAGGGAGUAAUACACAAACUUUGCCAAAACACCCUCAACUAAUUACACUAUUUCCGUACGACCUAGAACUUCCAACCGUUACUAUCUUGGUUCAGGCUCUUAAAUUGCAUCAACUAACAUUAUCUUUGAUGAUUGGAUGAUAAAUUUAAUUGUUCUUGUUGUGUUCUUUUGAAAAACGUUCAUAUAUUGCUUUGAUGAGGAUCACAAUGCCAGAAGACCUUGGCCCCUUGUGGUUUAAGAAAUUUUUGUGGGGCAGACUUUUUCAUGAUUGUGGAAUCUAUUAACCGUUUACUCUUCCUGCAUGUGGGCAAGGUCUUCAGGGAUUUUCGAACUUCACUAUCUAUUUUUCACGGGACUGUUGGAACGUUUCGGUUUUAUUCAGUGAAAUACUGUCGUCUGUUCUUUCCGUCACACUGA